CCGAAAAAACCGCUGCAAGAAAAGGCCGAAACCGCCACAGAUGGAUGACUAUGAUGCAGUGAGUUGUUCUUGGAGGCGAUCUGGCAGUUUAUCAAUGUCAGCCAAAAGAUGCGCCAUGCUGUGGCUGCUGCCCGUCGUCUGCAUCCUGCCGGCCACGCAAGGACACGCAGCAGCGCCAGCAGGCUUCGUGCUCAGCCGCCCUACACCACUAAAGGCAGCAAAGCGGACGGCGGCCUCUCCAUCUAUCGCUGCUGCUCAUUCUUCCGCUGACACCCUUGGGGAGGUGGGCAGAGAGAAGGACUGCAUUGCAACGCGGAUGCGCGUUGUGUGUUUGAUUGUUUGGUUGAUGCUUGUGUGGAUGUUUGUUGGGUGUGAAUGUGUGUGUUGCAGUCGGAGCGGUUGCAGAAGGGCUUCACUGUUGACAAGGGCCACGCCCGGCGGCUGCCGGUGAGGACGGUCGAGGAGCUGCACCGAUACCUCGACAGAGGCAUCAAACUACCGUAAGCUAAGCAAGCCACUCACUCCACACGCAUGCUGCUCGCAUCAUUGCAUUGCCUUGUUCAUGCAUCCCUCCGCCCAUCCCCAUCAGGCAUCUUGACAUCCGUGGCCAGACUCACCUACUCCCCCUGCCAGACAAGAACCCCAUUAUCAACCAAGCAGAUGCAUCAGCAGAGGUCAACUGCACCGGCCUUCAUCCGGUGCUGCAGGUGCUUUACAAGCGCCGCCUCGAGGGCUCCCGGCCCGGCCAGCGCACCGACGGCCACCAGGUGGCCUUGGCGAUUGAGGGCGGAGGGAUGCGGGGGUGUCUGGGUGCCGGGAUGGUGUGUGCUCUGAAGCAGCUUAACCUGACCGACUGCUUCGACGUCAUUUACGGCAGCAGCGCGGGGGCGCUCGUGGGGGCGUACUUCAUCACGGGGCAGGUGCCUUAUGAGGGCGGACAGGUCUACUACGACUGGCUGCCGGCCGCUGGCAAGUGAGUGCCCGAUGGAUGGAUGGAUGGAUGGAUGGAUCGAGAAAAGACAGAUGGCAUCCGAAUCGGAAUAUCGGCGUGUGUGUUGUCUGUGUGGGUGUAGGGAUUUCAUCAACACGGCCCGCGUGCUGCGGAGUGUGGGUCUUGGUCCGCUGGGCGGCGACGUGUGGGAUUGGCUGCGGGACAAGCUGGGCAAGCCGGUCCUCAACCUCGACUACCUCCUGAGAGAUGUGGUGCAGAAGUACCAGCCUCUCGACUGGGAGAGAUUUCGGGACAAAGAGAGGCACCAACCGCUCAAGGCAAGCGACACAUGCCAACCAAGAUGAUUCGCACAGGAAUGCGUGUGUGCGUCUCCAUGCAUUCUGCAGAUCGUUGCCAGCGGUCUUGUGAGCCGCCAGGCGGUGGUGCUGGAUUCCCAUCACGGCAACUUCGCCUCCCUCCCCGAGCUGGCCGAGUGCAUGCGGGCGUCCAUGCUGCUGCCCGGCAUCGCAGGUCCAGUCGUCAGGCUCAACUCAACGGGAUCCAACGUCCUGCGGGUCACCGGACCUGCCUUCGACAACGGCAGGUGCGCUACCGACACACACACACGCACAAACACACACGUUUACUCUCUUGACGGCACUCAUGUGUCUGUCUGGUGGUAUCUGGUGGCACAAAGGAUGCCCCGAUUUGGCGGCGAGCCGACGGUUGAGAGUGGUGAGCCGAUGGCGGACGCUCUGCUCUACGAGCCCAUUCCCUACCGAUCGGCUGUGCGCGAGAACGCCACACACAUUCUGGUGCUGCGGACACGACCCGACGGCGUCAAGGUCACGGGCGCCUUCAAGCUGAUCGAGAAGCUGAUCAUGGCUCGGUUCUUCAAGGCCAAGAACAGGAUGCGCGACAUCUACACCUACAUGAAGCGCCUGGGCCACAAGGUCCUCUACGCCGAGGACAUCCUCUGGCUCAACAACCGCACAAUGGACAUCACCGGUGCGGCGGGGCCGCCACACGCACUCGCCAUCUCGCCGCUGCCCGAUCGCACGGAAAUCGCCAGGUCAUUCAGUCUCUGUGAGGGUCUGUCUGCCUGUGUGUCGGCAAGGUAUCCACCGUGUUUGUUGUCGCUCGGUCGCUCGUUGACGCAGGUAUGAGAUGAGCCGUGAGGCCAUUUUUAACGCGCUUCGCGACGGAUUCGCUCGGGCAUACGACGUGCUGGUGGCCGACCCUUUAGAGAGAGGCAGAGGCGCACAAGUCGCCAAACAGGUAGUAGGGACACACACACACACACACACUCAUGCAGGAGAAAACAGAUCGGUUGACCGUCCGUGAUUCCUGUCGCGUGUGUGCAGGUCCUGCCCGAUGCGAUUCUUGACACCGCGCCAGCCCCAGUGACCCACAGCCUCUUCGCCAAUGGUGACAGGGCUGCCACAUCAGCACCAGCAGCCGCAGCAGCAGCCGACCCCCUUCAGCCGACCGCCCCUCCCUGCCCCCCCAAUGCAGCACAAGAGUCAGCUGCUGACCCCAGUCUGCCCACAGUCAGCCGCUUCACCACGUCGGAGGUGCGGCGGUGGUUCAGGAAUCAGAUGGACUCAAGGGUGUGGAGCUUCAGCGAGCCGCAGCCACCUGAUGCUGAUUCUGAUGAGGGCGACACACGCCGCGCCCCAGGAAGGGGAAAGAAGAUGAGGAUCGACGUGUUGUUGCUGAGGCUGCGGUCGUCGUUGAUGAAGAGCCAGGCGAGGAAACGCAGACGGCGGCAACUGCUGCAGCUGUGGAGAAAUAAGCGGGCCGGGGCGGUGCUCGUGUAGGCUGACAGACACGAGGGAGGGAGGGAGGUAUGAUAGGUCAUAUUGUGAAGGCUGUGGUGUGGGUGUCCUGGUUCGUGUUGCUCGCUCCAUUUUUGUCGGAUCAUUGAGAUUUUUGGAGGGGCCGUUCGUUCGGUUGGCCGGCCGUCCUGUUUUUUGGCCUGACACACCCAUACCACACCACACGCACCAUACCCACCCAUUAGGUCUAGCUAGCAUGGUGCCCUCCCCCACAUUACGAAGCCGUCCAUGCCAUCCAUGCAUCCGUCACGUCAAUGUAGAUACAUAGAAGAAGGCAGAAACUGUGCGAGGGUGCGGUGGGGUGCGGUGGGGUGCGGUGGGGUGCAGUUUUGUUGGUGGUGGUGUAUAGGUGACUCAGAUCAGCCAGCAAGGAGCCGCUGACACACACUCACUCUCUCACUCUCUCAUUCAUGUAAGGGAGGGGGCGGUUUUGAGCAGUAGGGGGGACUAAUGUGCCUGUCUGGUCGACACCCAUCUGUGUGUGUGAAUGAAUGCAUCUGUUUGUGUCUGACUACUCAAUGCUAC